UAAGUACCAGUGCUCAGAGUCACUCCGCUCAUGUCGAUGAUUUGUUUACUCGAGUUGAAGUUGAUUGUCAAGGUGGUGUCGGUGAUGCUGAUGUCAAUGGGAAAGCGAAGCGAGUCGCUGUAGAGACUAUCGAAAUAUUUUCGGCACAUUUCUAGUCGGCAUAUUAAAGCAGGCGGAUGAGACUCUUUCGUCAAGCCAUCAGUGUUCAUAUUUUUGUUUAUUGCGAGAUUCUCGGUGACAACUGCCUUCGCGGCUCGUUAAAUUAUGUGUUCAACUUUCUAGCAACAAAACAACCGCUUUAUUGCCGAAUGUGAUGAACUUUUCUCCAAAACCCGAGAAACCGGUACAAUUUCUGGAGUAAAAACGUGAAAGUGAACUCGGCGAUAUUUUUCUAUUGUGAACUUCCAUUGUGGCGAAUUUCGGGAGUAGAGGGACUUGUGAUUGAGGAAGGAACUGUGGGACUUUUGCGGCGGCUUUUGGAUAUCAGAGAAUACACCGGACGAGUCACUCGAAACAUUCACAGUCCACCACUACUGCCGAGUCUCCUCGAAAUAUCGCAAUCCUUUCCGGAUCGUGACAGGCAAAACUCUUCUGGUGGACAGGGGAGGACGAGCGAAUGAGGAAUCAAAAUUUCCGUCGAUUCCCCAACUGAUAGUUCGAUGAGAAUCACUCGUAUUGUUAUGAUACAAUGUUGGGUGAAGUGACAUAAACGAUGAAACCAGAUCGCAAACAGUUAUGAAAUGAUUGCAACGUGACAGUGCAACGGCUGCGAGUGAUAAAUGAACUUGAAUUAAUUUUUCUUGAAUCAACUUUUUUCUCCGGAGGAAUAAUCGUCGAAGUAGUCUUGUUUGCCGGACAACAAUAGACAAAAUAGACUGGAGGAGCACUAGGGACGCUAGAAAAAUAUAAAUAAAGGAACCUCCGGUUUUGUGGUAGACGGAAUAAUUUAGUGAAUAAUUGUGAAUUUGGAGGGCGGGUGGGAAGUUUUAUUCACACGGAUUUCCAGUGUUUUCGGGACAAUCGAAUAAUAGAAUAUCAAGAUGAAGUUUAUCAGUCACUUGUUCGGGGUGGGAUCCCCCAAGAAGAUGGGACGACAGUACAUGAAGGUCGGGAGGAAUGCCCUUUUCGGAAUCAGGCCCAAGGACGAGGGCGAAAUGUGCCCCGAUCGAGUGCCAAGACCUAUUAACGUCAUUAUUUCGAAGAAGGGGAAAUUCAGACACAGCAGAAUAGCGGCUAUUUUGUUCGGCAUACUGGCACUCGCCAUUGGUAUUAUCCUCAGUAGUAUUCCCUGGGUCGACUACGUUAUUUUAAGACAAUUAAGGUUAUGGAAUGGAUCACUGUCGUUCCAGUAUUGGCAAAAGCCGGGAGUAGUCAGACUCACCAAAGUUUACAUAUUCAAUGUGACGAAUGUUGAUAAUUUUUUGAACUUCCAAGAGAAACCUAAACUGCAAGAAGUCGGACCUUUUGUUUACAAGGAGGACAUGGAGAAGGUGAACAUCGUUUUCCACAACAAUGGAACGGUCUCUUAUCAGCAUAAAAAAAUAUUAAAUUUCGUCCCGGAACUGUCUAAAGAUGGGGAUCUACGGGUUUUAGUGCCAAACAUACCGCUUUUGACAUUGACAACGCAGAGCAGAAGUUUGCAUUCUGUCAUAAAUAUGGGUUUAUCGAUGUUCAUAAGUGGGAUGAAUCAAAAGCCUUUUGUUCCGGUGACAGCGCAAGAGUUGGUCUUCGGUUAUGAUGACCCUUUAGUCACUCUGGCGCACAGGUUCUUCCCGAAGGCGCGGCGGCCGAUGAGUCAGAUGGGUCUUCUACUUGGGAGAAAUGGUACUCUCAAUGAAGUAUCAACAAUUUUCACUGGACACACAGAUAUGAAGGAGUUUGGCUUGAUAAAUCGUUUGAAUGGGCUCGAUCGACUUCCGUUUUGGUCUGACGAACCGUGCAAUUCAAUCAGUGCGUCAGAAGGCUCCUUCUUCCCCCCUCGAGACAGCACCGGAGAGGACAUAGUUCACGUCUACGAUAAAGACCUCUGUCGCGUCCUACCGAUGCAGUACAGAGGGCCAGUGGAAAAGGCCGGCAUAAGCGCUGAUCUCUACACACCCACUGACGACGUAUUCGACCCGCCAAGUGCUAAAACACCAGACAACGAGUGUUUCUGUCCUGACGAUCCCAAGAGCUGCCCGCCAAAGGGCCUGCAGGACAUAAGCCCAUGCCAAUACAGCGCACCUGUGUAUUUGUCAUUUCCACAUUUCUACAAAGCAGAUCCUCAAUUGUUGGAUGCUGUGGAGGGACUGAAACCGGUGCCGGAGCUGCAUGAAACUUAUUUUAAAAUUCAACCGAAACUUGGGGUACCCGUAGAAGGCAAAGUGCGUGUCCAACUGAACCUCAAGGUGGAGAACCAGCCGGCCAUCAAGGCGGUUGCCAACUUCCCCGAUAUAGUAUUCCCAAUAAUGUGGCUUGAGGAGGGCAUAGACGAAUUGACCCCCUCGAUAAGACGAUGGGUGUACCUCUCGACGACAUUCGCCGAUGCUGCUGUGCCUUGCAUAACGUACGGCCUCAUUCUAGUCGGUAUCGUUGUCAUAACAACGGUACUUGUUAAAACAUACACCAAUGUUAUGCCGGCACACGAAGCAAUUGAACUUGGAAAGAGAACCAUAAGACGAGGCUCCACAUUCAUUGUUAACGGGCAGAAUCGUGUAAUGGUGGUCAAGGAGUCGUACAUUCUCCUCAAUCACAACGCCGAGGAUGCUGUGCCAAUGAUCGACGCGUGAUCAUCGCGAGUAGAAUAAUCCUUUUAUUUCAAAUUUUUUUACUUCACGCACGAAAAAUUUUCAUAGAACAGUCUAGCGAAUUCGAUG